CUCUGGAGUGCACAUCCCCUGGUUAGUGGUUGUACAGUGCACAACCGGGGGUAGACUGAUCCUUGGCGGGAGGGCGAGAGAGAUAUCGUUUUAAGUUUUAAUCUCUUUCUAUGAUUGAUUGUGCGAUGUCGAGAUCUCACUAAAAGCCUAUUUAUUACGUGUUUAACAUAAUAGUAUUUUAUCUAUGUAAUAAUAAGUAUUAUUGUUAUUGAGUUUUAUCGUGUCGUGACCGGUUAUCGUGUUUUAAUACGUUCCGCGUUUUACGAAAAAUUCUAAAUCCCUGUGAUGCGAUACAACCACAAUGCACGUCUUACAUAAUAUUAUGUAAUAAUUUCAUCUGCGCGAUUAUCGUCAAGUACACAGUUUUGAAAACUUAUUGAAAUGUCCAUAUGAUUGCUUGUUCGACGACAGCUAUGAAUAACUGUUUUAUUUUGUUGUUAGCGAUACUCUAUCAUCAGACUAGUAACAUCAAAGCCGACUGCCUAGACAACAACGGCCGAACUGUUCAAGAGGGAAAAACGUACAUACCGGGCCCAGAAAUCUGCACUCGCUGUAUGUGCGACAACUCUGUAGCUAAAUGGUGUCACCCUGUGCUAUGUACUGCUCCACAGGAUUGCAAGUCGUAUACAACUGUUGGAAAUAUAUGCUGUGAAUUCAAUUGUUUGGAUGAAACUCUCAAAGGCGAUAAUAUUAAUGCCAGAUCAAUUGCCAGCACUGUAACAGCAUUUUUAUUUUUCAUAUUAAUUGUUUUCCUCAUCAAUCGGUUACAUAAAAGAAAUAUAAUGUCAAAUGGAGAAGUAUUUACUGAUCCAAACUCACUUCAAAUGGGUGAAGGUGUACGUGGAAUUGGAUUUAUUAGUGGCUACAUGAAUUUACCUAGGCCUGAUUUAUAUUAUGGUGAUCAUGCAACACUUCAUAUACCUUUAUGGAAGACAUACUAUCCACGUGGUGAUGCACCUCCUCCAUAUGAUGAAGCUAUUGCAUUACCUCACCAAAUAGUACCCCAACAAUUAAAUACUCUAGUAGAUGAAGUUACAGCUUACCAUAGAACUAUACCUUUUACCAUGACUGAAGUUGAACAAAAUAAUCAGCCACAAGCUUCUGAUGACCCCGAGACUGAACCAACUACCAACCAGCCAUUUUUAAAUGAUAAUCAAAUGAAUAAUGAUAAAUAUCAAUGUCAUGAUAAAAUAACUAAAAUUUCUAACGAUGAUUUCCGAGAAGAAUGUGAAAAUUGUAAGCAUGAGCAAGAACUUGCUGAAGGGUAUGAUGAUAUUUUUCCUGAACCAGAAACAAUGACGCUAGAGCGAAGACCACAAUUAUUAACUCAUGAGCAUGUGGUAGAUGGUAAUGAGCCACGUUCAUCAAUGACAUUACCUGAUAAUGGAAGAUUACGAAGGCCUCAUGUUGGUAACUUAAAAGAUAAAUAUAGAGAUGGAUGGUUCAAAGAAACUAGUUUAAAAGAAAAUUCAACUUCUGAUGAAGAUCAGCUAUAAUAGAAAAGGAUCCUUGUUUAUUGGUAUAAUACUUUGUUAUUAUGGGUAAGUAUGAAAAUUGCUUAAGUACUAAGCACUUAGCACCAAUUUAAUUGUUGAUUAUUAUUUCUGUACGUUUAAAAAACUUAUUUGUUUUAAAAAUUUAAUUAGAACCCUGUAUCUUAGU